AUGCUUUUGUCAUAUAUCAGCCAACAAACGACUAUCUAUGUUGGUUGCUUUCUCGCUUUCAUUGGUAUUCUAGGCAAUUCAAUGAAUAUUCUCGUUUUUUCAACUGUUCCGUCCUAUCGAAUCACUUCUUGUACGUUCUAUUUUCUCAUCAGUUCUAUCUUCAACAUUGCAUACAUCGUCAUCAAUCUCAUUUCACGCAUUCUCAGUGUAGGAUAUGCCAUCGAUCCUACACGAACAUCUCUCGCAUGGUGCAAAUUCAGACAAUUCUGCUUGUAUGUACUUCUUUUGAUCACAGUCACGUGCGCAUGCUUAGCAACCAUCGAUCAAUACUUCGCAUCAUCACAGAAUGUUCGAAUCCGUCGUUUGAGUAACAUUCGAUGGGCUCGUCGAAUCGUCGUCAUUGUCAUUAUUAUCUGGUGUAUUUAUGGCAUCCCACCUACCUUGUAUUCCGACAUCUCAUCUACUACAAAAGCCUGUGCAGUUACUAAUGCAGGAUACACUGUCUAUUUUCCGUUCCAUGUUAUAGGACUGAACUGCAUCAUUCCCACAGUUGUAAUGGUUACAUUCGGAUAUCUCACUUAUCGCAACAUUCGUCUCACUCGUGCUCUUGCAAGACAAUACGCUGAUCGACAACUGGUUCGAAUGGUUCUCUUUCAGAUCAUUCUUGUGAUCAUUAGUUUCGUUCCAUAUGGAACAUAUAGUAUGUAUAGUUUGAUCUCUACUGGGUUAACCAAAGAUGCUUACCGGUUAUCACAAGAAGCAUAUGCAUUAGCGGUUAUCAGUCUCGUAACUUAUUUUUAUUAUUGUGGAAACUGCUAUGUAUUCGUACUGUCAUCGAGUCGAUUUCGUCGAUCUGUUCGAAACCGGAUAUUAUACUGGUGGAAUCCAAUCCAAAUCGAUCCAGCGAUAUGA